AUGGUUCGUCGGCUGAACGAUGUGGCUUUAAACCAGGUAGCAUCAGCAUUGCCAGGCACCGCAGUUCGUUCUCUUGCUGGUAAUGGAAUAGAUGACUUUAUAGGAGACGUGGUAAUAGCGGUGAAUAAUGUGCCGAUAACUACCGAACGUCAACUAAGCAAGCUACUUUCGGGUACCGCUGCUGAGCUGAGUGUUUUGGUUGAUCGAGUGGUAUACGAAGAGGACGAAGACAAGUCUUCCCCUUACAGCUCCUUCGGAACAGUUGGCAAAGAUACUGUAUCACAAAGCGAAUUUGAAGAAAUCGAGGUUCCAAAAGUUUUUAAAGGAACAAGAGAUGGUAGUCUUUCGAAAGAAAUGUCUAAAAAAGGUAGCCGUCGCCGCAGUCACAGUGCAACAACCUUCAGUCAUAGUGUUGUUUUACCAUUCGGUGCUAUGUCUGGCGCUUUCACGGAUCAGACAUUGUUUGGUGCAUACGUGGACGGCAAGCUGUGUAACAGUCUUUCAGGGAUCCCUCUCGAAAAUUCAUCUUUUAUAACUAGGACACGUUUUCGAACAGAACCCGCCUCUGUUUUAAAGGAUUCUAUCGAUAUCAGGCGUGCAAGGUCUGAGGCUGAGUUAACAGAUGAUGCACUAUGUGAGAAAAAACAGAAGCCCGCUUGUACUGGCAGUCUUGAAAAUUCGCUCAACUACACGAAUAAGAAAAAUGCAAGAAACUUGUCGUAUAUCUCUGUGGAUAGCGCUGCGACAUCCUCCAAGACAGGAAUGACACUGGAUAAUAGCAGCAUGAAUACCGAAACUGCAUUUGAAAACGAUCUCAUACGAAGUCCUUCGCGCCGCGAACGUCUACAGCAUGCCGUUCAUUUGUCAAGCUAUUACAGUCCGCUACUGGCACUUCUAGACACAAAUAAAUGA